CAACAAGGCGGCGCGUUCACAUGAGAAGGUGGAGGAGUCUCUAGUCAGACACGACACUUGCACCCAACCAAAAAAGAGCAAAAGAAUGGACCCUCCCGCUCCCCUUCCUCCCCUCUCCCGCUGGUCAGCGAGCAAAACUACGGCGGUCACAAAAUCACACAAGGCGGCCUGUGCGCUCCGUGCGCUGCUGCGUUGGUGUCUGAGGGGCCUCGAGUGACAGCUGCAUAUUCUCUCCGCUGGCCUUGGGGCUGUCCUGGAGUUCAGGCGUGGGCAUCGGCCGCACACAACAAGGCGAGCAAUUGCCAAACCAUCUCUCCCACCAUCUACACAACACAGACAAGCAAAGCCCAUCGAUCAUGCCAUUGCGCUCCCCGAGGCACACACAACAGAUGCACGGCACGCAAACAGAGCAAAUCGGUCCGUCUAGUAGAAAGAUAAGCGCUACCCAGCCUCCUGCCUAGCAUAAUUUAUCAGAGCUUGGCGGCAUGCGCCUCCUCCUCCUUCUUCCCACUCAUGCCACCCUCAGUCGCUGCCUGCCCAUCCGUCGCCUCCUCCCCGCCUGUCCCCCCCGUCGUCCCCUUGCCGUCUCCUUCCUUCCCUGUCUUGCCCUCUCUGCUGUCUUUGUUCUCAUAGAUGGAGAGCAGCAUGCUGACGCUGCCGAGAAUGUACCCCCACGAAGGCGCCCCUCCCAUGCCCAGCACAAGUGGUGGCCUCUCUGCUCUUCUCAGUGUGAGGGGUGCGUCUACUGACGUGGGUUGGCGGGGCGCAGGCGGCAGCAGCGGCUGCGUCACGUCGUCGCUCGUCCCAAACAUGAUGUCCAUCGGGUCCACCGAAGUCGACACGCCUCUCCCUCGGGCGGCGUAUGGCGGCAGAGUCUGGAUGGGGUCCGUCUGGCUUGUGGCGUCGCGGAAUUCUCUGCAAGGGAGGGAGGGGGAGAGGGAGAGGGAGAGGGAGGGGAUCAGAGGGGGGCGGUGCACAGACAGAUGGGUGCCGUGUCUCACCUCUGUAUCUUGCCGACGUGCUGGUGCAGCUCCUCAACUCCCUGAAGUGAGCACGAGAAUUGUCAGCAAUAUCAGUCUAGGUUUCGCGUGUCCAGCCUACCCCUGCAGCCGAAAUGAUGGAUGCUCUCUUAACCGCUUCGCCAGGUGGCGACACCAUGAUCGGCGGCAUGGUCACCGUGCGUCCGCUUGGCCGCUGGUAGAGCACCGACUCGCUGCCUCUCUGCACCGUGCGGCCCUCUGCCAUGAGUAUCUGCGACAUGCUGCUGGCUUUGGCCCGCGGAGGAGAGGGCGGACGGGCCACCAUGGGAGGCUUAAGCGACUGAUGCCAUGAAGAGAGGGGCAGCACACACAUAUACAUCGACACACAGGAGGCUCCCAUGCUGUCUGUCUGUCUGUCUGUCUGUGGUUACCUCCCAUCUCGUGACAAGUCGGUCGUUGGUAUGCUUGAGGCGCGCAUUCUCCUCUUCGAGUGCUGCAAUCUGCCGCUUCAAAUCUAGCUCGCCUCUCACCGCUGAUGACGGCGGAGGAGUCGAGGCCGCACGGGUCUUGCGCCGAAGCUGCUCGUCCAGCUCAGGGCCAGGAGGCGCCAACACGUCAGCCUGACACACACAGACAACAAAGGCACGGCUAUCUGUAUCGCUCACGCCACGACACACGUGGGCGCUCACCGCCUUCUUCUUCUCCUUCUCCAGCUCCGUCUUCAAAUGUAGCAUUUCCUCCUCCAUCUUCUCAUGCAUGUGCUGCAGCCGCAGCUUGGCCAGCUGCAGCUGCGCCACCGACGGCGAGGGCAGGUUCUGCCCGUAGCUGCUGCGUCUCUCCCGCCCCAUGGUCGACUCGAGGGGACUCAUGAGAGUCUGGCCGUGAGGUGACGACGAGCGGCGCUGGUAGUACAGGAAAGAGUCGUCCAGAGCGCCGGUGAGGAGGAAGGGCGAUCGGAGGGCCGACUGCUUGCUGGACGCGUCGGAUCUGUCGAGGCCCUGGUCGUUGGCCUGGAGCUGGCCCAGGUUGAGUUUGGGAACGGCCACGCCAGACAAUUCUUUGGUGACCUGGACCGUCGGUGGCGCCUCUGGCAAGAAGAGACACGUAUUAGGGACAUGGUGGAGCCAUCUGGUGAGUACCUUGCUGCUUCUGCUGCUCGAUCUGUGCCCGGAGGUCUUCAAUCUCGUCUAGCAGGUCAUCCACCUCUUGUUUCAGCUCGUCAUUCUCCUCUCCCAAGUCCUGAAUGAACGAACCGAGAGACACGAGACACGUGAUGUGAUGCACACUCCCCUUCCAUAUGUGCGGUGCAUGGUUACUUACUUUGCAGUUUUCUCUGAGUAUCUCGCAUUCGUCUUCGAUGGCCACCUGGCUGCGACUGCCCAAUCUGGACUGCGGCGACGCAUCAUCCCAUUUGGAACGGAACUUGAGCUCUUUGGCAAGAUUCAUGUCGGCCUCCUUCACCUGACACACAAACACAAAACGAUGAAGCACCGCAUUGAGAUGCUGUCCUUUGUUUCUUUUCUGCCUUGUUUUGUAUCCCCACGUCGGAUUUCUUGGAGACGAGUUGCAGCUGGUGUGUGGACUGCUGGCUGAAUCGAUCUCUGCGUGACGCCUCGAGCAGGCUCUGAAGCUCCUCCUUCUCCUCCGUCAGGUGGGUGACUUGUGUCUCGAGGGCCUCGCACUUCUUCUCAAGGGCCAGCACGGUUGAGUUCAGCGCCUUCAUCUUCAACUCCCUGACAAACAACAAAGACUCACUUCACGAUGUCGCUGUGCUCUUGGUUUGCCGUGUGUCUCUCUCUAUAUGUGUUCUCCCUACAGGACUUGGGUGUCGGGUCCUCUGGCCGUUCUGGGGGUCUGUAUGCGUCCAGCUGCGGCCUGCUGCUGCUCCUGCUGUUGCUUCUCGAGUAGUGCCUGCUGUUGCUGCUCCUCCUUGGCGGCCUUCUUUUCUUCCUUCUCCUUCGUCUUGACCUCCUGCUUUACCUCCUGCAGGCUCCGCUUGAGUGCCGCCUUCUCCUCUCUCACAACCUCCAGCUCCUGAUGCCAGUCAUUGACGCGCCAGCAACGAAUCAAUGAGGGAUAACCAGCAACGAAUCAGUGAGGGACAAGACGAAAGUGUCAAUGGGUCACUGUCGGUCACCUUUUGUGCUUCUUCGAGGAGAGUCAGGUUCUUUUCGCUUUCGGCCUGGUGUGCCUCUUGUGCAGUGCGGUGCAGCUCCAGCUGCUUCCGCAACACUGUGAUCUCCUCAACCAUCUCGUCCCAUUCAGCAGCUAUGUCUUCAUCCAGGUCCUGUGACACACACACACACACACGUGUGACAACGGGAGAAUGGAUGUUUUCCGGUCUGCAUGUCGUGGUGCACCUGUCGUUUCUUGAGGAUCUCGCCGGCUCCCCUCCGAUUCAGCAUGUCGAUUUCGUUGUCCUUGGCCUGCAACUCCCCCUCCAUGUCCUCGACCAUGUGCUCAAGGUAAGACACCUAUCACGCAGACGCACACGCAAAGUUGCAGUACAUUCGUCUCUUCACCUUGGUUGCAUGGUGACUGAGUGGUUAGCGCCCACCUGGCGUCUGAGUUCUUCCAUGUUGGUCACUUGGCGAGGUGAGAUCAUCUCCGGGUCCUGCUCUCCCUCACCUGACGACGGCUCACCCUCCACUCGUGGCGUGAGUCUUUCCUCCACUUGUUGAAGUCUGAACUCCUCCAGCGCCUUCAUUCCCCGAGCCUUCUGACCCUCACCAGGCCCGGACAUGAAGGCAAUCGACCCGCGACGCAUCUGCUGCUCCGCUCGCUCGUCGGAGGUCUGAGAGAGGGUGGAAACGUGGGGGCAUCUUAUGGACCGGGACACAUGCUUUUUCUGUCUUACCGCUGAUGAAGGUGUGUCUGCUUCUUUGUCUCCGGAUUGGGGCGGUGUGACGGACGAGCCCUUGGAGAGAGGCGGCAAGGGGGGCAGUGGAGUCAUUCUGGAUGUGCGACGAGAACGAGCGCCGGUGAAGGUGGCGGUCACAGUCGAGAACUGAACAGAAAGACAGCAAGAGAGCACAAACUCUCCGCUCAAUCCGCAGUCUUAAUGGUCUCCCCUCACUUUGCGUUCGCCGUGCUCUGGGAUGGUCCCGACCCCCAGUGCGGCGAUGUUGGGCGACUGAGAGACACGACGGGAAGCGGCUGAUCCGAUGGUUGAUCUCAGCGUCCCAGGCGGUUUCGGUGGCUGUCGGCAAGUCAACAGGACAUGUACCCAUUCUGACUGACAUGUCAGUCUCUGAUCGUGAGACGCUUACUCGGCUUGAAGGGGAUGCCUCUUCUUCAGUCGAAGUCGAAUGCGGCGCCAUCACUGACCCAGUGGCCGGCCCGGUGGCCUUUUUCACUCGCCCCUUACCCCGGAGCAGCGAAUUCAGGUAGCUGGCCGACGUGAUGCCCCGAACGGACUGCUGCAGCUUCUCCCGGGGCGUGAUCGGACGCGGCUUCCCCGUCUCUUCCUGAGGCACCGUAAGCUGCCCCACACGUGAUUGCUGCUCCCGAAGCCUCUGUGUCCGCUCUCGUCUGAGUUUCUGCGUGACAACAGGCAAUGCGUUGUGGGUUUGUCUGUCUGUAUCUCAGGUCCCCUACCUCGACGCGCUCGCGUCUCUCGUUGCGUGGGGCGUCAUUGGCGGGGCUGUGGGCGCUGGUGCGAGAGGCGUUGAGGGAGGCGGCGGCCGACUCUUCCUCUUUCAGCUUCAGCUUGAGGACGGGCACCUGAGAGAAAGACGUUAAGCGCAUCGCGCAAGAGAAUGGCAGGCAAAGUCCGCUAUGCGCACCUGAGGGGGUGGUGUAGACAUGGUGGCUGGUGGGGGAGUUGCUUUGUUGCUCGCGGGUGGGGGCUUCACCCACAGGGCCUCAGCAGCACCUCCAGGAUACAAAGAUACAGGAUUCCCUUCGGAAAGGGCGGGGGGACUCGGAGGAGAGGGAAAAGUCGCGACGAGACAACCCUAUAGGGUUAGGGUUGACGGGUUUCGGGGUUAGAAGCAGGCGGGCCGGUGUGUAUGGGCCUCCGACGCGUACGCACAUGGCACAAAUAUUGCUGUCUGUCUUUCCACAUGGUCACACGCCUCCCUGACUCAAAGCGACCGCUGAUCGUCAUGCAACACGAGAAGGAACAACAACGAAAAACUGCAUCUGAACUCACACGGACACAUCUGCACAUCAGCUGGCGGAUAGCCCAUUGAUCAGUCUCCCAUCAGUCCCCAAAAGCCCUUGUCCACAGCUCCCUUUCCCUGGCCGCCUCGCCCUCCUGUCCCACAAGCUCCUCCGCUUCCCUUCUCAGCCUCCGCAGCCAAGUCACCAGCUCCGUCAACAGCUCUCUAGAGCCAGGUGUCCUCGCUAUUCGCUCUCUUUCCCCGUCGUGCUCUGUGCGAUCCCUGUCCAGUGCAGCCAUCCACUUCCACAGGUAGUAAGCAGCACCAAAUCGAAGGAGCUCGCCGAGAGAGACGACUGAAUCACAAUCCUGAGGGGCCGCGACCGCACCAUCGUCACGGAACAAGAAACCCGGACGCCUUGUCGCUUCUUGAGGCGGUUCAGGGACCAGUGGAGAGUAGUCGGGGCCGCCUUCAGGGCCGAAUGGCGGGAGGUUUGCAUAGCUCUUGACUUGGACAUUCUGCUCGAGCCUCUCCGCAAGCUUCCGCACCAAAUCGGGGCCCUCGCUCUCACUCUCGUCGCUUGCCCCUGCCGCACUGGCGCUCUCUUCUGUCUCAUCCUCAUCUCUCCUCGCGGCAUCAUCAGAGGGGCAGACAGAUGGAGGGGCCGGGGGAUGAGGCACCGCGUCGAGAUCACCCCAAGCAGGGAGGGGGCCGUGCUCCUCCCGUGGUGGCGGCUCACCCUGGCCGUUCUCCUCUGCAUCUUCAGCAUACUGCGGAAGGGUCACCUGGUGGCACAUGGUUGCCGUUGUGGGCAUCUCACUGAGAGGCAACACGGGGUAGAUGAGCCCACUGACAUCCAACUUGGGUGUGGGUGUCGGCAGCGGUCCUCUUGUCAGCUCGAUAAGGGCGAAGCGCGGCAGAUUGUUGACGUCGAUCCAAGCGGACGGCAGAUUCAGCAGCCAGUCCACUAUGACCUGCUGCUCACUCGUGACGCUCUCCACCUCUUCUGCUUCUUCUGGCUCCUCUCCCUUUGCCUCUCCCUCUGGCUCCUUUGUCUUUCCCUCUUCUGGCUCCCUCUCGACCACCACCGCACCUUCCCCGGGCGCCUCAAGGCGUGCUGCCGGUGUCGUGACAUCCUCGCCUCCUUCCAGCCCUUCUCGCUCCUCUGGAGGGGCCGUGGGCUCUGGUGGCUCUGGUGGCUCUGUCGGCUCUGGUGGCUCUGGUGGCUCCGUCGGCUCUGCUCCGGGGGCUGGAGCGGGUGGCUCUGCUGGAGGGGAAGGGGGUGGUGGUUCUGCCGGCGGCUCCGAUGACUCGGGGGGAGGCUGCUUGGGAGGGGGAGGGGAAAUCUCGGGGCCAACCUCCUUCGCUUUCGCUCGCCUGCAGAGUGGACACAUGGGAGCAGUGAUCAAUCGCUGUUGUGAUGCCCGGUGUUCGUGGCCGGUUACCAUCUUGGCAGGAGUGUUGUCCUGAAGAUGGACCAGAGAGCGUCGGAGGCCUCGGUGCGCAGGCUGGCAUCGGCCAGCACUUGCGACACGAACUCCCGGCCGAGCUCGAGCGUGGCGCUGUCCUUCAUGACCUGGGCCGUCACGUGCUGGGCCUGACAUGACACACGACACACACAUAUAGACUCGCACUGGCAUGGACACCGAUGUGUGAAAUGGGCGUCUUGUGAGGAGGUACCAGGUCCACACAGUACUGUCGCACAACCUCCGAAUUAAGAACAGUGUCGGUGCUGAACAUCGAACACAGACGAAAACCAUUGUUUGUGUUGCCAUCUUUCGUUGCCGUGCUUGGCGUCAGGCGUCCUUACACUAAAUGCUGGGCGGAUUCCCGGACAUCCUGCAGCAGGAAACGAAACACCAAAUAAGUGAAAUGACACAACGCAGGAGCCCUUCCAUGUCCAUCUUGCUCACAUCUCGCUCGAGCAGGACGCCACACCACUCCCCCGCUGCUUUCUGCGCCGAUGGACUGCAUCAUAACGCAUCGCAUUGAGACCAAAAGCCAUCCAUCACUGCGGCAUUCGCAUCUUCUUUCGCUUACAGGAAAAUGGCCAUCACAAGCAGAUCAGACACCUGCUGCUGCACAGUCGGGCUCGACGUCAGGUUCCUGCAGGCGGACAUCCACCACACACACAUCUGGCUGUUUGUAUGCGCCGCCGUCGGCACAUGCAGUGGUGGUGGUCGGCUGUCUCACUUGACGAUGUCGUUUGAGAUCUGCAUGACUUUGUCCAUGACGACCUGGGUGUUGAGCGUCCGCACCACCAAAGAGGCCAGCUCGUUCUCCUGACAUGACGACACCAUGUCAACAAACAGAGGCCUGGUGGGAGUGUCGUGCAGCGUGUGGCGAGGCUGCAUACCGAGGAUGCGAGUAUCUCCAUGAACCACUUUUGAACGAGCUGCUGGACCUAUCAGACAGGCAGACAGACACACAAGGAUGCAGCAGUGAGAAGAACGGCAAGGGCUGUAAUGGUGCUCACCCUCUGGUCCUGCAGGACGUCAUCGAUCAACUGCUUGGAGAACUGAUUCGCUGGCCCGCCACACAGCAAGGCACACAGCCACAGUAAUUUGACGGACGAAGCAUGAACGAUCAGCGUACCAGUGAACUGCAGCUGCUCGUUGGUGAGUCCUUCCCUCACAACCUCGGCUCCCUGCCUGCAUGAGCGCACAGACGAAGGCACACGUCGGUCAUUCCGCGGCACACACGCCCCACUCACUUGGAUAUGAGUGACUUGAAUGAGUCCCCAUAAGCAAACAGCACCACCCCGAUGAUGGCCCCCGUUAUCGACACGGUCACGAUGAAGUUCUGAUACAGCCGGGUCACCACCAUCUCGUAACCCUUCUGCGUCUCAUGCUCCAGGUAGCGACGCAAGUUCCUCACCUCACCCAGCACCCACCCGUCCCACCCCUGCUGACUGUCACCCUGGCCUCCUCCUCCUGCCGAUUGCUGACCACCCUUCGAUUGUUGACUAGCACCCUCCUGACGCUCCGCAUUCCUCUGAUCGUUGGCCUGCUUGCCAUUGGAGAUGACAGAGCGGAAGGAUGCGUCCCUCCAGGGCCUGCUGUGCGGGAUGGGAGGGGGCGGGGGCCAAUGCGGGAGUGUAUGAGUGAAAGGGGAUGACGCAUGCGGAGGCGGGACCGACGGCGGGCGAAUGGCUUUGGAGGCUGCCUGGGAACACUUGAGCUUGGCCAAAUGGCGAAGCAUUCAGCUGCCGGGAGGGAUUGUUUCUCGAUCAAGACAAGCGCUGUGCGUGUCCAUCAGCAAGUUGGCGGUAUGAGCUGCGGCUCUCAUGACUGCUUUCACUCGGAAAGCACCACGCAGCGGUUUCAGGGAGCACCCGAAAU